GGUCGGACUUCCAUGGAAAACGAUGAAGUGUUCGAGAAACAUGCGAAGGCGAUCGAAGCGCGACGAGUUGUUCUUCAUGCGAUCGCAUCGGCGCCGCACGAUGCGACUUGUAUCCUCCUCUCGGGAGGUCUAGACACAUCUAUCAUUGCGGAAGCCAUUGGUGGGCGGAAGUUCGUUGAUGCCAUCACUGUGUCUUGUGGACGAGACAUCACGAACCCCAAGCAUGACUUGACCUAUGCGCAGGAGAUAGCCCACCGCGCCAAGAUGGCGCACCACGUGGUGUCCAUAGCUGAUACUCUGUCUAUUAUGGAUCCUUCUCCUUCAGGAGCGUUGCACCUCGCAGUCAAGACAUUGGAGACGUUCGACCCCAUGGAACUCCGCGGCGGUGUCGCCAUCGCGCGUGCACUCCUGCAUGCCAAAUCCCUUGGCAUCACUUCCAUCGUUACUGGUGAUGGCGCUGACGAAAUGUUUGCCGGGUAUUCCUUCGUGACGAACUUGAGCGAAGAGAAACUCCAGGCGUGGAGGAAUCGUGCUGCCAACCAUAUGCAAUUCUGCGCCACGAAGCUCGGCCAAGCGCUCGGUAUCUCUGUCUACCAGCCCUUCAUCCAGCCCGACGUCGUGGCGUUUGCGCUAUCUUGCACGAAAGAUGAUCUAGUCGCGACUCACGGAGGCGCAGUCCACGGCAAAUUUGUCCUUCGUGCUGCCUUUCCCGAAGCGUUUUCGAGAUGGCGCGACAAAGUUCCGCUAGAGACAGGAGCGGGCACGACGCCGCUCGGCAAGCUCUUCAAGGAGCCGCCGACCUUUGACCAAGAUCGCCAGCGCGUGCUCGACCAAGACGGCAUCACGCUCCGCAACGCAGAGCACAUGCACUACUACGCAGUAUUUCGAUCAAUCUUUGGGCCGCCGGAGGACGGAACUGAGUGGACGUGCCGCGUCCGUCGACACGACUCGGACCCGUGCCUUCAGUGCGGCUUCCAGCUCGACCGUUUAGAUCAGUACUUUUGCAAAACGUGCGGCGCGUGGCCAGCGAGAGCGACGCUUCCUCCAUCGUCCUAAGCGACUCCAUCGAUCCAGAUACAUGAGCGGGGUAUGCGCCACAUCUGCUGUCCCGCUCGUGCAACUCCGAGUAGUUUGCGGCAGCGUCCAGCGAGCCAUGUAUCAACCGCGUCCACUGGGUCAUUGCAAUACCAGUCUCUUCAUAACGUGGUAAAUCUAGUCGAGCUCGGUCAUGUUGGUGUGAGCUACAACAGC